CUCGUCCGUCUCUCUACAAUUCAGUCUCUCCACUUGGUGAAGAUGUAGUCUGUUUGAUCUCCAUGGAGAUGUCCCCAAACACAGUCUCCUCUGCUUUGUUGCCAUGGCCACUGUGGUUUCUAUUCCUCCUGACCCCCAUCACCCAGACGACGAGUUCUGCCCCCACUCCUGAAACUCGUCUGCCCCUCAACACCACGCUGCUGUUCGACAGCGGCGCCCCGGGGUUCAACCUGCGGAACUGCAGCUGCUCUGCACCGGUCCGGGACUGUGACGAGGCUCUGGCCAACUCGCUGUGCAGAUGCCACACUGUGCUGCGCUCCACUCUGCCCCCUGCUGGCCUCAGAGAGCCUGGACAGCUCACUGUCUGGGUGAAGGAGCCCUGGGUCCUCGAGGAGCUGGUGAACAGGAGCUCGAUCGGCCAUCUGCAGUUGUCUUUUUGUGGAAUGAAACCGGUGGACAGUCAGUACCUGGCUCUGCUCGGUCUGCAGACCCUCAGGAUCCACAGCGCAGCCCCCGAGGCGCCCUACCCCAACCAGGAAAUUACAAUCUCCCCUUCAGCAGGGGUUGCAGCGGAGGUGGAGGCCCUCUCCUUUGACUUCUCCUCCUCCCUCCACAUGACCUUUCUGGAUGUAGCAGUGCUGAACGGACUUUCCUCCCUGAAGGCGUACAGCGUGGUUGCACCACCUGCUCCCACCCUUUCCCAACACUUCCCCCACCUGGGAGUUUCGCCCACCUUCGAUCCACCGUCCUCUGCUAGUCAUGAUGACUCAGCGGACCCCAGUGAGCAGACUGCACAGCCCCUGCCCCAAAUGCUCAUCACAUUUGUCUACUAA